UUUCCAAACUAUUACUACCAGGCGGAGGUGUUGUGUGACAUAAACAAAGAGAAGAAGAUGCAUUAUUACAGAUAUGAAAAUGCAGAGGUCAGCUGUUGCUACAAAUACCUCAUGUUCAGCUACAACAUUAUAUUUUGGCUAGCUGGAUCAGCCUUCAUUGCAAUUGGCUUUUGGGCUUGGAGUGAAAAGGGUGUUUUAUCAGAUCUGACUCAAGUCACACGUCUGCAUGGUUUCGACCCAGUUUGGGGGGUGCUUGUUGUGGGCACAGUCACUUUUAUUUUGGGAUUUGCUGGGUGUGUUGGAGCACUCAGGGAAAACAUCUGCCUCCUUAAGUUUUUCUCUGGAGUCAUUGGAUUCAUAUUCUUCCUGGAACUGACUGCUGCAGUUUUGGCGUUCGUGUUCCAGGGCCAAGUUAGGGAGUGGAUCAGCGAAUUCUUCUUGGCCAAUGUGAAGGCCUACAGGGAUGACAUUGAUCUGCAGAAUCUGAUCGACUCUCUCCAGAAGCUGAAUCAUUGCUGUGGAGCUAAACACCCAAACGACUGGAAUAUGAAUGUGUAUUUUAACUGCUCAAAUAAGAAUAACCUCAGCAGAGAGAAAUGUGGAGUGCCCUUUUCCUGCUGCAUCAGCGACCCUGCUGUUACGGUGCUCAACACGCAGUGCGGGUAUGAUGUUAGAGAAAAAGGCACUUUGAAUGAUUGGAGCAGUUCCAUUUAUAUCAAAGGAUGCAUCGAUGCUUUAGAGGACUGGCUUCCCCGUAAUCUCUACAUUGUGGCUGGAGUCUUCAUAGUCAUAUCAUUGCUACAGAUGGUGGGGAUCUUCUUGGCAAGGACGCUGAUUGGUGACAUUGAAAAAGUCAAGUUUAAUUAUUACUGAGCUCUCAUAACUGGAAGCAAGCGAAGGGCAAUGUAUGGAAAAAGAUGCGGACCUCCUCUUACUGUUUCAUGCCUCCCUUUGUGGAGGAGUAAUUUUUAGGAAUAUCUGUGGAGAAAAAGACCCUGGACCUUCUUUUUCAGCUUUGUAAAGACCAUAUUGAAUACGCAGCUGCCUAUGUUCAUUUGGAUAUUGUCACACAUGUGCCUUCUCUCUUCUUCAAGUUUACCUUUAACCCACUUUUUUAUUUCAUAAUUUUUCCACACUUGUUUUGUAAGACAAGUGUUAUUUUUGGAACCACUAAUAACCAAGCUUUAUAUACAUAAUGGCAAGAUGUUGGGACCAUAAAAUGUUAAUUGACGUGAUAUUCUAAAUCUUAGCCUUAGAGGAAGCAGACUAGCCAACCAGGCUGUACUAAAAUGUCUUUUUAUGACACUUCAAAAUAAUUUGUGCACUCUUUUUGGGCUACUACAUUUAGUACAAAAGCAUGUUCAGUACUUUUUUUAGAUUAAAACAAAAAUAAUAAUAAACAUCUUAAGAAA